AUGGCACCCAACACAGAUAGGCUUAGCUCGUUACCUCACUCUUUGCUCAAGGAAGCAAUAAGAACCUCAAUUCUCUCCAAAAGUUGGAUAGAUAUCUUUAAGUCUACAUCCAACAUAGAAUUUGAUGAAGUGUCUUUUGUGAAAGAUAGUCAAACUUAUCGAAACAAACAAGCCCAAAGAAAGGCGUUUCUAAAUUUUGUGGCUCUUUGGAUUGCUAAUCACUCAGAAACUAUCGUGGAUAAGUUCUCUUUGAGAUUUUCAAUGCCUGAAAAAGCUAAGAGGGUUGUGGGAAAAUGCAUUUCCUUCGCCACAAAUCAUGGGGUGAAGGAGUUGGAGCUGAACUUUUGUGAUCCUACACUGAAUUGUUACUUUACUACAAAUUAUAUAAAUCAAGAGGCCUUGCAUGAAUUGCCAACACAUGUUUAUGGCCACACUUUCGUCAAAUCUUUGAAGUUGUUCUCAUGCGGCUUUGUUGAGGCUGAAUUUCAUAACUUUCAUGCACUCAAAGAAAUUUCCUUAGGCUGGAUGGAAGUGAAACUCAAUACUACUAAGACCUUGUUGUUAAAUUGCAAGGCACUUGAGAGUUUAAGUCUCAAGAGGUGUUGGAAUUCAGAUGAAUUCAAUUUAGGGGAAGAAAACCUAAGGUUGAGAAAGUUGGUCGUGGACAGAUGCAUGUUUAGAUCUGAUAGCAUUUAUUUUACGGCCAAUGCUCCAAACUUAAGAUAUUUCUAUUAUUCAGGGUUGAAUAAUAACUUUUUGGUCAUAGAUGCACGUUCCCUUGUGAUGGAGGAGUUUAUUCUUGAUUUCUGCAUUGAGUUUGAAGGACAUGCACUAUUUCUCUACAAACUGGUUGAAAAAAUCUCCAGUGCUAGUGUUUUAACCGUGUCUAAUUACUUGCUUCAGGAUUAUGAGCUACCAGAAAACUUUAACCCCGAAAGGUUUUGGACUGAUCAUGAAAGGGCUUCUACAUGCAUGUUAUAUACUCUUAGAUAUGUGGAUAUUAAGAACUUUGAAGGAUCAAUAAAUGAGAUUCGUAUGCUUACCUACUUCAUUACGAUGGGAAGAAUCUUGAGAAAGAUCACUAUCAAUGUAUUGAAGGAUGAUGUUGCGGAUCAAGAUGACAAGUUAGAUUAUUACCGCAGUGACAUGACAGAACAAUUAAUGACUCAAAGGGCUUCAAAAGAUCUAGAGAUUUCAAUGUUAUAA